GUACGUCUCAGCUACACUUCACAGCUCUGUUCCAGUGUGAGACGCCACAUUUGAGGACAUCAGCAGAGCAAACAUGGAGCUGGUGGUCACUAAAACUCUGUUUCUGUGCGUGCUGUUUACCGUCUCCACCGCAGCACCACUGCAAGAUGCAGCAGUAGAAGAUGGUGAUACAAGUCCUGCAGUUGUAGACCGUUGUGCUGGUGUAGAGUUCGACGCCAUCACGCCUAAUGAAAAAGGAAAAACUCUCUUCUUUAAAGGUGACCAUCUGUGGAAUGGCUUCACUGGUUCAGCUCAGCUCUCCACUCUGUACUUUAAGGAGCUGAAUGGUCCUGUUAACGCUGCUUUCCGUAUGCACAACACUGAAAACCCAGAUGAUCAUGAUCACAUCUACCUUUUCCAGGAUGAUAAAGUGUACAGUUACUUUAACCAAAAUCUGGAGGAGGGGUAUCCAAAACAAAUUGAAGAGGAUUUUCCUGGAGUGCCCACUCACCUCGAUGCGGCAGUGGAGUGUCCCAAAGGAGAGUGCAUGACUGAUUCAGUUUUGUUUUUUAAAGGACAGGAUGCGCAUGUUUAUGAUAUUACCACAAAAACAGUGAAGACCAAGACAUGGUCCCACCUGCCCUCCUGCACUUCUGCUUUCCGCUGGCUCGAGCACUACUACUGUUUCCACGGACACAACUUUACCCGCUUCAACCCCGUCUCAGGAGAGGUGACUGGAACCUACCCCAAAGAUGCCCGACAUUACUUCAUAAACUGCCCCAACUUUGGUCAUGGAGGUGAUCGUAAACCCCUUAAAUGCAGUGACGUCAAGCUGAAUGCAGCCACCACAGAUGAUGGAGGCAGGACGUAUUUCUUUGCAGGUCCAAUCUACAUGCGAGUGGACAGCCACCGUGAUGGGUUUCAUGCUUUCCCAAUAACAAGGGCAUGGGAGGAAGUGAAUGACGGAGUUGAUGCGGUUUUCUCCUAUGACAACAAGAUCUACUUGAUUAAGGGCGAUCAGGUUUACAUCUAUAAAGCAGAUGCUCACUUCACCUUGAUUGAAGGCUACCCUAAAACCAUCACGGAGGAGCUGGGCAUUGAGGGACCUGUGGAUGCUGCUUUUGUAUGUCCAAAUGAAAACAUAGCUCACAUAAUUCAAGGGAACAGGAUGCGUGACAUUGUCCUCACUGCCACACCCAGGGUUGUUGGUCGAGUUGUGCCAUUGCCGCUGUCUAACAUUGAUGCCAGUCUGUGCGGUGAAGACGGAAUUAAAAUAUUCAGAGGCUCGCAGUUUUAUCGCUAUGAGAGCCCCAUGAUACUGGCGAUGGGCAGGAUCGCUCCUGUGCCUGUGGCCAUCACCUCAGCAAUUAUGCCAUGCGAGGAUUAGGGAAGAACAGUGAAGAAAUAUCUCUGAAAAACAAACUUAAGUAUAAUUAAAAAUGCUAAUAAAUUAUCUGUAAACAAAAAAGUCAGAAUGAAUUUUGAAUUAUCAUCUGUUGAAUGGUGCAAAGAGAGGAAAAUGUAUGGCAUCUUAUUUGGAACUUUGGACAAACCUUGUUUCAUGCAAACGGGUUUGUUUUUUGUUUGGCAAAUAAAAAGCAAAAAAAAAACA